CCCUUUUUUUUCCCUUGCCAGCCAUCUCAAGUUCUUGAUCUGGGCUUGAGCGUGUACGGAUUUAACUGGCCGGGCUGAAAUAAGGUGGGGAAGGAUGGCUUACUGGGUCAGGGUGCUGUUCCUGAAUCCUGAGUCCUGGCUGAGUCAAGUUUGGCGGUGCUUAUGUAAGCCCGUCAGCUCAAUAAUCCCUGCCCCCCUCCGCCCAUAUAAAACUUACCCUGCCUUCGCCCGUCUUCUCCUUCCCCCCUCCUUCCUUACCAUCUUCGAUUCUUCCCACUUCCCCUUCCAACCACAUCAAACCAACCACCACCACCAUAAUCAGCACUCACAAUAUCAUUCCAAGAUCAGAUGAUGGAACAAAUCACCGACCCUUCAGUCAUCAGCUUCAUCAACACCGACACCCCAGUCAUCAUCAGAGCAAUCGCCGACUACCUCGACCAACCCAUCAGCUCAGGCGACCAUCUACUCUCACAACCAAAAUCGAAACCACUUCCCACCAACAAAUUCCAAGCUCAGUCUAAACCAACCAUCGACACUCAUGACUAUCUUACUCGCCUCAUCAGCCUCUCCCCACUCUCAAUCGAUGGCGUCCUACUAGGAUUGGUCUACCUGCAACGGAUAACACAUCUCCAACCACCUCCAACUGCCAACAGCCAAUCAGAACAUCAAGCACAGCAACAGGAUCAGAAACAGCUCAUACCCAUCAACUCACUCACCAUCCAUCGACUGAUCCUCUCAUCCAUGAUCCUCGGAACCAAGUUCAUCUCAGACCGACCCUUAGCCAGGAAACGACUCAGCAAAGUGGCCGGAGUAUCCGAACUAGAACUCGACCAUCUCGAACGAGAACUCUUGACCAGGCUGGGCUUCAAACUGUGCUGGUCGAACGAUGAAUUGAUUCAACUGACUCGGAAAAUCUUAAACGAUCCCCUCCACCCAUCAUCACCAGUCACUCCCUCUCCAACUUCAGAAUCAUCCACAACAUCAGAAUCAUCAACAAUAUCCACAUCCACUUCAACCACCACCACCACAACAACGGCCACUGCCAAGGCUUCCGUCCAUCGAGCCUCAUUCUCUACCUCCAACGUCGCUCCAGCCCAGAUCAAUGCCUUGUUGAAGGAGACAUUCCACCAGCAGAGGCCUCGUCUUCGUCAAGUCCCAAUUCAUCGACUCGAACCUGUUGGCGGAGAAGUACGGGUUCACCAGCGAAAUCAGUCGUCGGUCGAGCAGCCGGAUGAUCGACAAUCUGAUCGACAACAUCAACCCCACCGGCGAUGCUGCUGACUCCCCUCCGAUCACCAAGCCCAGAUCGACCUCCAAAAUCCUCGUCACCAGACUCGAACACAACCAGAUCAAAAUCUGCCAUGCUCAGGUCUUCUGAUCCUGCCCCCCCCGUCGUUUUGCUUCGCUCUGCCCCUCUGUUCACUUGUACUUUCACCAUCAUGUCGUCCAUCGAACAUUUUUUUUCGUCGCUGUGUAUCCGUCCGCCAAACACAUCUUCACACUCUGUCAUCUUUGAUUGGCCCUCUUGAUCAUCAGUCUGAUCUUCAUUCUCGUCCUCUGUUCGUUUUCUGGGAGAUGUGGCUCCCAACUCUCACUCUUCUUCUUCAUCCUUGUCAUUUCAUUUUUUUUUCUUUCUUGACCUUCACCAAAUAACAAACUAAGCUAAAUUACCAUCUUCUUGACCUUUUCUUUCUGUCUUUUGGAUGGAUUUCUACCUUUCUUGAUUUCUUUCUUUUUCUUUCUUUCAACAUGAAGUUUUUAUUUUGUUUUGUAGCUUCUUGAAUCUGUCUCCUUUGCGCUCUGUUUUCUCAUUCUGCAGUUCUGAAAUAUUGAUUGAUUGAUUGAUUUUGGUAGCUGUUUGUUUGAGUGGUUAAUUAACAGAGGUAGCCCUGGCGUGGGGCUUAUUUA